GACACAACUAGGGUGCAGGGGGCAGAGACUGUAGAAAGAGCAAGCGUGACAGAAGGUGGGGAGAGAGUGAGAAGGAGAGAGGAGGGGUAUCGGAGAAGGGGGGCUCGGUGGUCAAAGCGAUGAGACAAGGCAGACAGACAAGCGAGGAGAAACUGUCAUCUGCUCGCAGCUCCCCUAUUUCACUGCUCUGCCCGUCUGUCGACUGCCUCGUGAAGGCAGGCGAAUGCCAGCGGUGGAUGACGGGUGGCUCAUUUUCAGCGGCCCGGUUAUUGGAGUGACGCUCGCAGCGGUGCUGACAGGAUCGGAGGCGGCGGUGUCUUCUUUGGCCACUUUGGGCUCCCUCAACACUGCCAAUUGCUCUCUUGCCUCCUCCUGCUCAUCCUCCACGCAGACGCAUCUUCUUCUUCUUGAUGAGCCUGAGAGUGAAAGACCCCUGCUGAUAGAAGCUUCUCUCUGUCAAGACAGUGCCAUGUGAGGCUGGCCAACGUGCACCGUGGAAGCAGCGUUGCACCGAAUCUGGCGGGAAGCACUCCCCUUUGCUCUUUCUCCGAGGCUCCGCCAGGAAUCUUUUCUGGGAUUUAUCAUAUCCUGCUUCAUGGCGGUGAGCUUAGUGCCUCGCUGAAAGAAGAGUCCGCAUAGGAAACCACACACUGAACGGAUCAGAAGUACAAUAAUUAUCCAAUCACGGCACGGGUAGGCAGACCCGGUUCCCUUAGCAACAACUGAGGGAGAUAGAAGAGUCAUUUUCUCAUUCUGCUCUUUUGGGGGAUUUUUAUAUGGGGGCACACCCCAAUGGACUGCUCUGGGCAUCAAGCGCCACACAGAUUCUAGGGAAAGUCACUGCUUUGCCUCAGAGAACCCUGUGACUGUGUCUCAUCCACCAUGAUUUCUUUUUAUUCUUUUUGACCACUUACUUCCAAGAGUCACAUUUCAUAGGCCUAGGAAUUAAUUCAUCCUGAUCCUACGCCACCUGGAAUAAAUCCUUCUUUUGGGAAGGAAGAUUGGAUUCUCUAGGAAAACAGCUCCAAGGUACACCAAUCCUCCGCUCCGUCAACAACUGAAAGACGUCAUUAUUAAGUUAUGAUUUGCACUGACAUGGAAAUCUGAAGUUUAUUUUGACAUGAACUCUUGACGUCUCUUAAUUUUCAAUUGGGGAGAAAAGGAAUAUCUAUUAUUUUUUAAGCUCCCUCAAAAAUUUCAUAAAAGAAGAGUAUUAUCUGGGGAGUUGUAUUUUUCUAUUUCUAGGAGAAUGGAUAUUUAUCGACUUUUAUAAUCGUAGCAUGACGCAAUGUUGCUAUGUUUUUCAAGUGUGAGAGGGAAAAGCACCUUGCCAAGCAUAGAACAGCGUUUUAAAUAGCAUCUCCUCUAGAACCUUUACAGCUGUACACACUGACACAUGAGAUGAGUUGGUUUAGUGAGAUUAUGUAAGAUUUUUUUUUUUUUAUUCCAGCCUUUUUUUGCCUCUUCUUUUUUUCCAUGGAUUUAUUGUGUUCGACUUUUCCUGCGCUCACUUUCUCCCCAUUUUUGGACGGACGCCAUGGCUGCCAGAGAGUGACCCUGUGCCAAGUGUGCGGGCGAGGAAAGGUGUUUUGGUCGCCCAGGUGCUUUUAAGAUGUUGAGGUCUCCGUACGUGGCCGGAGCCCCUGUUCGGAUCAGUAGCACUGAGGCUCCUGGUAGCCAAAGACAUGGACCCCGACUCGGCUCCCCCACGCCCUCAGCCUGUUGGCCACUGGCCCCACGUCACCUUGUGAAGGAUGUCCCUCAGCAGAGCUCCGGCCCGGGACACCUCUGAGACCCCCAGCCCGAGAGAACGCAUCCGCAGUCACAUGAAGAUGGUGAUUGACCAGCUGGAAGGAAUUCUCAGAGAGCUCAAAGACGUGGCCAAGGAACUUCGGGAGGUGGUGGGCCAGAUUGAUAAACUAACGUCAGACUUUGACUUUGACCUGGAUCCAGAUGACUGGACGGUAGCGACAGCAAGCAGCACGUCCAGCAGCGAGCGUGGUCUCGGAGAAGCCUUCCGUCUUGAUUUCCUCAACGCUGAUGUGCUGUCCGACAGCUGGGAGUUCUGCGGCUACCUGGAGUCAGCCAGCGGGGCUUGCGCCCGCACGCCUAGCGAUACGCCAAUGGGGUUCUUCCCCCGAGCACCCCCAGGUCGGGGGACCAUACCCACUCAGACUCCCACUCUGCCUCCUGCCGCCACCGCCUCUGUUUACUCGCAGAUGAACGGUGGUCUGCCCAUCCCCAACGGGCCACGUAUCAUCACUCCAGAUUCAUCCAGCGAGGAGGCCAGCAGCUCUACGCACAGCCACAAAACGAGAGAGAGGGUCCGAUUCAGUGACAAGAUCCUAUACCACGCCUUGUGCUGCGACGACGACGAUGAAGAAGAACAGGAGGACCUACCAGACGACAAGAGCAACCGCGGCACACCAGACAGUGACAGCGAGCCAAGCCUUCUGGCUGAGCCACUCGCUCCCAAGCGUUCUUCCUCCGAGCACUCGCUCCUCCACAACUGCCUCGACCCUUCUUACAUACCCCCGUCUGCAAGAAGCAUGACGGGAGCGCACACGUUACCGAGGAAAGGCCUCCUGAACCCCGGUUGCCGCAAAAAACUGCUCCGAAACAGCAGCACGCAAACUGUGUCGGAUAAGAGCACCCAAACUGUACUGCCCUAUAUUCCAAGCAAACAGAAAACAAAGGAGCACUGAGCCAGCUGGAACAUCUCUGUUUAUCAUACAGCUCACCACAAAGACUGUGCAUUAUUUAAUAAUAAAUACAUAGCUAAUAGAUUAAUACACAAAUAAAUCAAUUACUAAAUAAAGAAAUGAUAUAUGGAACAAAAAAUCACUGGGCUCCCUAAAUUCAUUCCAAAACUGCUACUUUAGGCUUAACUCGUACUCUGAACAUAACCCUGAUUCAAACCUCCUUGUUAAUCAUCAUAUUAAACCAAAACCCUAGCUCUUGAAGGCCUUUUCACACUUUUGCAUUGUAGUGGCAAAGAUCCAGCAGUCACGGUGCAUGAAAAUGACGACAGGUGCCAGCGUACCCACAUUUAGAAGUGCUGAUGUAGCAGCAUACAGUGGUACCUCUACAUGCGAAUUUAAUUCGUUCCAGGACCUGGUUUGUAAGUCGAAACGGUCGAACCUCGAGCGGGACUGUCCCAUAAGAAUACAUUAUAAUUCGAUUAAUUUGUUCCUCAGCCCAGAUACUGCAGGUACAAUUGCAAAAAGCAAUUGCACAUAGCAAGACAAAUAAAUUAUAAAUACAAAUCGGAAUAAUUAUAAUAAUAAAUAUAACGAAUCGGGUUCUAAUGUGCCGGUUGUGUUUUCCAUGCUGUUCCUGAACAUACCGUGCGACUGACGAAAGAGUAAGAGCGGUGCGGAAGAGUGGGAAGUUUGUACUUCCUCUUUUCAUGUUCUCUUGUUGUUGACGUCGACUGCGGCGGACAGCAGACGUGUUGUGCUGCACAAGUUCUGAAAUAAAUGAUUUUAAAAAAGACGAUGCUGGCGACUUCCUUACCGAUGUUACAAUAAUGAUAAUAAUAAAUCGAAGAUUUAAAAAAAUGUUUUAUUAUGCCUUUAAUUUAGAAAGACUGGCGAGCAAAAGUCAGAUGAGACGGAGGAGGAUACAUCUGCUUGAGGAGUGUCGGGAUCGUAGACAUAUUCUGGCCAAAUUAUCGAGCCAUUUCACUCACACGCACACUACAGUACAUUCUUAUUUUGCUAUACUUUCCUUCUUAAUUUCAAUGGGAAGCAUCACCUUUAUCCUUUUUUUUCACCACCUGCACUAAACUUCUUGGGACCGAUGUUGAUUUCUCUCACAAGAAAAUCCACCGUGCGCCCGUCUUACAUGAAAACAAUAAAAUUGCAACACUCUCAUAAAUCGUCGUAUUUCCAGCCUCUCGUCAUAUGUCGAGACUAAUGACGAGUCACUAGAUGUCAAAACAGUAUGUCGAUGCGAUCGUAUGUCCAGGUACCACUGUACUAGGUAAACAAAUGAGAAGUAGUCAGCAACGGAAAGUAUUUUUCAUUGUUUUGCUAAAGAAAGCCACGGCUUGGCUCAUUUUAAGGAGGAAGGAGGGAUUAUAGACCAGGGAAAAGGCCUCAAGUAGUUCCAGUGGAAACGUGGAAAGAUUAAUCUUGUGAGUUACAGUUCCACCCAAUCACUUUGAGAUCAAUAUAAUUCAGGUUGAGCAGGGAGAGAGUAGUUUGAAAGACUCUCUCUAUUGUCCCGGAGCUUAAAAAAGUCAAAGCAUAUUCAUAAAGCUUGUUUUCAUUGUCCAAAUGACAUUAUUUGUAAAUACAGCUACCAAACCCUCCGCCAGCCCCCUUUUUAUUUGAGGCAUGGUCUGACGUCGCAACAGCACCGCUCUCAAAUAGAACAAAGUUCAAUGUGUGGACUCUUCUCUUAGUGCAAACUUACUCUAGCUGUGCCGUGCCAUCAAUACGACGCCCAGCUAUGCAGACACUGCCUCCUCACCACAUAUACACUGAAUGUGUUUGCCAUACCGCCCAUUGUGAGUUGUGGUGUGAAAAAGACUUAACAUCAAC